AUUUGAAACUUGUGUCUGCAAUCUGGCAUCGUGCCAGGCUUAAGUACUCUCGAUCAAAUCAUUGGUUCGAAAACUGAUCAUAACGGCUUUCCAUAGCCAGACGAAAAACUUUGUAAGGCAUUUUGUGAUUUUUGUCUUCGACUCUUUGACUGUUUGACAGCUUUUCUGGUUACGUUUGAAUUUGAGCACUUUAAAUUGUUAAUAAGGGAAUCCUUGAAUGGCUUUAAAGUUUUCCAAUUUUUGACGCAGUACCACAUUAGAAGUUUUCGAUGAAAUUCGAGCAGUAAUGGCAUUACCCGACACUGUUGGAGAGAAAGACGAUCGGGAUGCAGUGAUUCUGCCACCUCCACCUCCACCUACAACUUAUGUUCCCCUAAUUAACUUAAACUCCCCUUCGCUUUCAUCUGAAUCCGGACGCAGUCUUUUGAGCCAGACCAUAGAAGAAUCCAGCAAAAUAAAGCUGAUGGACAGAAUUAAUCGCAUCAUAAAGUAUGACAUUUGCAGAGAGCCGGAUCAAGAAGUCUGCUGUCGGGUAGACUUGCUUCUUCAUCUGACUCCUCCGAUUCUCCAGACAGGACCGAGUUGUGGAUUUGCAGCACUGGCGACCUUAGGGCAGCUGCUUGACUCGUCCGAUUGCACAUUUCCGGAUAUCAUGACUGUAAUGCUUGAAUGGGCAAAAGAUCAGCAGUUCACGAAGAUGGGCGAGAUGUUUUCCGCCGCCAGGCUUCUUGAGACCCUGCAGAUUUUCCCAUGUAACGCGUACAUGAAAGAACUGUUGACCACUGGUCAAGGAGAAGUGUCCGAUGUGGCUUGUAAAGAAAUCAUUGAUGGUGUUUUGGACAACUGUGUUAUGCUUAUCCCAUAUGAUAAGGGUCCCAAUCACGACCCCGUUCUGCGGAAUGGCCAUUCGGCUCACUGGUGUGUUGUUCUCGGACUGGCUAAAAUCAACUUGAUCCCGGAAGAUGUGAAGUUUUGUGAUACGAAAGAAACCGAAAAUUCUCCAAAUGCAGUUGACCAUGUAUAUGCUCUUUGCCGACACGGAAAGUCUGCACAUGUUGCUGUCUGGAAGCUCAAAGAGUUAUUGAACAGUUGCUUGGGACUCAAAGAAAUGCGGCCAACUCAGGAUGCAGAGGACUUUGACUACAUCGUCAGCGAUAGGAACGAUUUGAAAGAAUUACGCGGGCGGUUAAUAAUCAUUAAUACCAAUCGUGAGCCGUGGAGGCAUGUUUACGAUACACGUGAUUCUGAUAGUUGAUCUCGAUCAUCUCAAUCAGAAUUGUGAUGAAGUUUUACCCGGUAGAUGUCUUGUAAUUUUUAAUAAUACUGGCUGUCGAACAGCUGUUUCUCCCUGUGUGCAUAGAAUUUGCACAGUUUAUGCUGUGAUGAAAUGGAUUAUGGAAUGCAAAUUGACUAAUAUUAAAAACGUUCAAGUGUAUAUGUAGC